GUGUAAAAUGGCAAAGAGUAAGUACAAGAAGAAAAAAUCGACGAAGAACGACGAGCCUGAGAAAUCACGUGAUCUGGAUACUUCAGAGAAGACAAUGACAUACAAGACAAGUGGCUAGAAGAGCUCCGAGACAGCAGCCGGACCUGGACGAGGAGCAGGAGCACGAGAUAGAGAAGGCGUUCAGUGGGAAGUUCUUCGACGGCAAGAAGUCCCUGGAUGCGACUGUGCUGCUGAGUGCGAUGGACGAGACGGGAGGGGUGACGGAGAGAAAUGCAAACAGACCAAACAGACUCACUGGACAUCGCUUCGACACGGAUGUGUUGCAGAAGCCGAACAAUGUCUUUGUGAAGAAAACGGCCGAGCAGCGGUUCGACGCUUUCGUGGCUGACAAGUGCGAGAGGUACACACAGUUCUUCGGAAUAAUCAACCUCGUGUUCAUUGUUUACGGAGUGUAUGUGUUCUGCUUUGUCACCUUCUUCGAGGGGUCACAGAACUACGCCUUCAUCACUGUUGAACAGACUGAGGUGCUGCUGAAUAGACUCAUUUGGGUGAUCAGAUUAACAUGUUGCCUGCUAGUUCUCACUAUCGUAACCCUCAAAGCAUACUUCAAAAAACCAGAGCAGGCCCAUAAGGACGUUCUGUUCUCGAGAACUGAUCCCAGGAAUCUGGAGUUGACGAGGGAGUGGGAAAAGAACGAGGCGAACAAGUUCAUGUAUGUGGUCAUGCAACUCAUAGUGUUUCUCAUGGCUGUCAUCUCCUUCAUAUACGCCCACUGCACCCAACUCAUCACGGUCGGACUGCCGGCAACAGACCCCAACAGUCUAUAUGGUGAGCUCUACGGGAAUCUGAAAGCGCAAUACGUGUAUGAGUGGGAUGCGGGGCCGAAGCCAUCCAGAACAUUUCCAGGGAACGAGAAUGUGUUUUUGAGACCUGACUACCCGCCACCCGACGGAUUCAGCGAGCAGCAAUGCAUGCACCAACCGGUCGACUCUGGUGGAAUUUCGACCAUGGCAAAAGUGGCUACCUGGACACUGUGCAGUAUGAGUUGAAGUGCUGUGGUCUCAAUUCCACAUCUGACUGGAAAAUGAGCAUAUGGUACGACAGGAGAGCCAGACAGGUGAAGGCGCAACACAGUGUGUGGCUAGACUCUUUGCCAGCAGCCACCGGCUCGCUAGUCAACAUGGCCGCCAGGAAUGUCCCCAUGACCUGCUGCAGAGAACUCAAUGACCAGCCUGGCAUGUCCACUGCCGAUGACUUCUUGUAUCUGAUAGAGAUGCCGUGUAAUCGGAAGAAGAUGUUUCUGGUGAUGGACGAGGCCUACCGCAACCUCGAGUACAAUUGCACCCCCUACGCGCGGCCGUGCUGGCCACUCAUCAAACAGCAGGUGUACGCCCCCUUUAGCUUCACCCUCCUCGUCCACUCGGGGGUGAUCAUGAUUGUGUCCUUCAUAUUCAUCAUCAUGUCCCAAAUGUUCGUCACUCCCCCAAAAGUGGCCGGUUUCGACCCCGCCAAUCCAGUGGUGCGCUACCCCCUAGACAACCACUUCUUCCGCUCAUACUCCCCAGUAACUUCUGUCCAUACACAGACUGCCUCAGUGCGUAGCUGAAAUGGACCAAUGAAGACAACAACAUCCAUGAAACAAUUGGAACAAUAUGAAGAACUUACGUAAAAAAUGGUCUGUUUUGUUUGCGUUUGUGCAACAAAUCGGGGCCAUGUCAAUUAGCAUACCAGUCGCUAAGCAUAGUUCAAUUUGUAUCAAAAACUUAUCGCCCAGCAUACCCUAAUUGUGAUCAAAUAGGUGUUACUUAAACGUUUUUGAAUCAUUUUUUGUUUGAUACGUUGAUUAUCCAACGAAAUA